AUGCAAAAUUAUGUUAGACCUUAUUAUAACAAAUGCUCGAAACACAUUAUUGGAAAUAAAAAAAAGCUUAUUUCAGCUGCAACAAACACUACUUAUGAAAUUGACUAUGAAAACAUUCCCGAAAGUGUAUUAGAGAAUUAUUUUAUCAUAAAAACUACUAAUAAAGAAAUUAUUAAGGGAAUUAGUCAUCAUUUGAAGAUGAAGGUUGAUGAAAAAGGAUUUGAGUCUCCUACUCUGAUAGUACUUAAAGCUUCUCCACAAGUAACAAGCUCCCUUCGAGUGUUUAAUCACGAUAUUGGAAAACAAUAUAAAAGCCAUCUGGAUUCAUUGUAUGAAGUAUGGGAAUUAAUAAAAUCAGAAAUUCAAAAUUCGCUUGAAUGUGCAAAUUUGAGAAGGUUUGGAAAAAUAUCAAGACUCCCAAAAGAUUUAGUUAAUGACUUUCAAAACUCAGAUUUUUUCGACGUGAGACAAUGUUCAAAAAGCUUCCUUGAACCAAAGUUUACCUUGAAUAAAAUUAACGCUAUUUAUCUUGGUGUAACUUCAGAAGAACAGCAUUUGAUUCAAUAUUAUCUAAAAAAUAUCCAAUGCGAGUUAUAUUUCAAUAAUAAAAUUGGGAGUUGUCAACAAUUAUAUAAUACAAUUAGAGCUGAUCCAGUAACUAUCUUUUCAGAUCGUAUUGAGAAGGAUAGUUCAGGAAAAAAUUAUAAUUGGCAUAUUAGAAUAAGACAUACUGUUCCAAUUCUACCAGAAGAAAUUUUUAAAUUAUAUUGGACUAAGUUUGAAGAUUCUCAAAGCCCAACAUUUGCUAAGAUAAGAGGGGAAAAUUGUAGAAUCAUUUUCAUUGAGGAUUGA